CUUUUAGAAUUGAACUCUGCAAUCCAUCUCCAAUUUCGCGAAGCCCACGAAGGUCACAAGCCACACGCGGGACUUGACCCAUCCCGCGCUUCCACCGGUGUUGUCUGGACCACCGAGCGAGCAUACGAACGUGGCUACGGCGACGAUCCGACCGGAUGGGCGAACCUGGGGCAAGGCGCGCCGGAGGUGGAUGACGAGAUUAAGGGCUGCUUCGAGCGGCCACACACCAUUGACAUCAGCAUGACUGGCCGUGAGUAUGGUCCGACCGCCGGAAUCAAGCCUCUUCGUGAAGCUGUCGCACACUUGUACAACGAGCAUCAUCGCCAGGGGAAAGUGAGCAAGUACACUUGGGAGAAUGUCUGCAUCGUUCCUGGAGGGCGUGCAGGUCUCAUUCGCAUUGCAGCAGUACUUGGAAAUGCCUAUCUGGGUUUCUUUAUCCCCGACUACACUGCAUACAACGAGAUGUUGUCUCUGUUUAAGAACUUCGCUGCCAUUCCCAUUCCACUGAAGAAGGAAGACGGCUACCAAAUCCAUCCUGAGAAGAUCGAGGAAGAGAUCUCUCGCGGUACCUCCGUAAUUCUGACUUCGAAUCCGAGAAACCCAACAGGCAAAAUGGUCAGCCGGCAUGAACUGGAGGAGAUUCAAGACACCUGCCGCGACCGUGCAACGUUGAUCAUGGACGAAUUCUAUUGCGGCUACAACUAUACGACCGACUGCGAUGGCACUGUCAUAAGUGCAGCUGACAAUAUCGACGAUGUCGACGAAGAUGAUGUCCUGAUCAUCGAUGGCCUGACCAAGCGAUUCCGCCUCCCGGGCUGGCGUGUGGCCUGGAUUGUCGGUCCCAAGGAGUUCAUCAAGGCAUUGGGCUCCUGCGGCUCCUACCUCGACGGUGGCACCAAUGUUCCGUUCCAGGAGGCAGCAGUCUCUAUGCUGGAGCCAACUCGAGUUCGUACAGAGAUGGUGGCUCUUCAGACGCACUUCCGUAUGAAGCGCGACUACAUCGUCGGUCGACUGGAGGCCAUGGGAUUCACUCUUGACUACACUCCCGACUCCACCUUCUACCUUUGGCUGAACUUGGAGGCUCUCCCGAUCGAAAUCAACGACGGGCUGAACUUCUUCCAAGCUUGCUUGGCAGAGAAGGUGAUUGUCGUCCCCGGCAUCUUCUUCGACCUCAACCCGAGUCGCAGACGUGACUUGUUCGAUUCGCCCUGUCAUCACUACGUGCGUGUGUCGUACGGUCCGAAGAUGGAGGUUCUCAAGGCUGGAAUGGAUGGCAUUGAGCGCAUUCUCAAGAAGUACGUGCCCUGA